AUGAGCAUCCUUAAAGGUGCCUUAGAAAGGCUUUUAGUCGAAGCUCAAUCAUGGAGGCAAAAAGAACUUGAACAAGCGUGUACUACCGCUUUAGAACAACUUCAACAAGAAAUAAAUUAUAUUGCGAAAAAGAAAGCUAUAAAAAAUGGAAAAUUGAAAGCAAAAGUUGAAAAUGAUACUGCCGAUGUUGCUCCUAUAAUAAAUAAUUCUGAAAAUGGUUCAAUACCAAUAAAUAAUACUAUAAAUAACGUUCCAAAAUCUCAAUCUUCUACUAAUGGAUCUGCUGGUGAAACUAGUCAAAGAGGUGCUGAAAAAGCUGCUGAAAAAGCUGCUGAGAAAGUUGUUGAAAAAGAUUCAAAACCUAAUAGCUCUUCUCCAAAACACUCUCCAAGUUUAUCUCAGGCUAAUUCUCGUUUAUCAAUAUCUAGUAGUUUAUUUGCUCGUGCUGGUGAAGAUUUACCAAAAAUUUUAGCUGAUAAUUAUUGGCAACCUUUUAGAAUUUCUUGUGGUACUUCAAUUCCAACUAGUAUUCGUGUAUUAGCUUUGGAUUGUUUACAAAAAAUUAUUGCUCAUGGUUUACUUAAAGGUUCAAGUCCAAUUAUUCCUCCAAAGAAUAGUGUUAACAAAAAACGUGAUUCAAAAAUUAAAUCAUCUUCUUCAACAAAUGGAUUUAGUGAAUCAAAUGAUUUAUCAUUUAUUGAUAUUUCUGAUACUCCUUUUGAUAAUGAUGAUUCAACUAAUUUUGAUAAUGUUCAUACUGUUUGUAUAGGAUUUACUGGUCCUCAAACUGAUCAAACUGUUCAACUUCAAAUAUUAAAAGUAUUACUUACUCUUGUUACUACUGAACAAUGUCCUGUUCAUGAGAAUGCCGUAAAAACUGAUGUUUCUGAAUCAAAAGAGUUAACUGAUGUUAACGAAGAGGUAAAUUUGGCUCAAGAUGAUGAAGUAAAAUCAGAAACGAUUAUAAAUGAAGUUACUGAGAAUAAUGAGAAUGAUGGGAAUGAUGGGAAUGAGUUGAUUAACAAAGAUCCGUUGCUUGAAAAAGUCGAAAUUGAGAAAACUGUAAUCGAUGAUAAUGGAAGAUCAUCUGAACCACCGUCAGAAGAAGAAUUAAAACAAUACGUAUUUGUUAAGAAUGAUGAAUUUAUGAAGGAAGAUUCUACGAGGGAUAAUUCUAUUGAAGAUGAUCAUAUAAAAGAAGGUUCUACGAGAAAUGUUUCUAUUGAUGAUGAAUCUAUGAAAGACAGCUCCGUUAAAGAUGACCAAGUUAAACCCGAUAAAAAGGAUGAUAAUGAUGAUAAAACACAGACAAAGCAACCUUUGAUACGAAGAAGAUCUUCUUCAACUGCUAUGAAAGAUUUAACAAUCACUAUACCAACAAUUAUAAAAAGACGAAAAUCGAAACCAAAAGAAAAAAUUUCAAAACGUAAAUUCUUUGAUAUUUUACGAAAAGAUUUAUAUUUAACUUUUAGAAUGUUUUGUUUAUUUUCUUUGAGAUCUGAAGGUGAUGAAAAUUCUCAAAUUGAAGAAAUAAAUAUUAAAGGUCGAUCAUUAGUUUUGGAAUUAAUUUUAUCAAUGUUGGAUAAUUCCGGUCCUGUCUUUCAUAAUGAUGAAAUUUAUAUUAAAUUAAUUCGACAAUCUCUUUGCGUUUCUUUAUCACAAAAUGGUGUAUCAUCUAAUGAACAAUUAUUUGAACUUUCUUUAUCAAAUUUUCUCAUGUUAUUACGUUAUUAUCGUGCUCCAUUAAAAUCUGAAUUAGAAGUUCUAUUUAAUGAAAUAUAUUUAAGAUUCUUGGAUAUGAGUAACGCAACAUAUUUACAAAAACAUUUAGUAUUACAAGGUCUUAUGAAAAUUUGUCAAAAACCUCAAAUUCUUUUAGAUAUUUAUUUGAAUUAUGAUUGUGAUAUCUCAAUGGUUAGUGUAUUCGAAAGAAUUGUCACUUCAUUAUCAAAAGUUGCUCAAUUACGUACAAAAAUACCAAGUAGUUCUGGUAUGUCAAGUUUAAUAGGUGGUGGUUCUGCAACUGCUGAAUUAAUAGCUAUGCAAGAUAAAGUUUUGAAAUUAAAAGGUUUAAAAUGUAUGGUGGCUAUUGUAAAUUCUUUAAUCGAAUGGUGUAAAGAUUUGGAAAGAAGGAAUGGUAAUGAUUCUCCUCCGUCACAAUCACAAAAUCCUGCACCAGAUUUCACUGAAGAUAAAGCUCCAAUUAUUUUCUCAAAAAAUCCUUUAUCAAGUAUCAAUUUUUCAACUUCUCAUUCUAAUUCAAGUGUUAGUAGUGUUUGUACUGACGAUAAUGAAGAUAAUCCUGCUCAAUAUCAUGAAAUGAUGUCAAGAAAGCAAACUUUACGUGAAGGAAUUAAAUUAUUUAAUGCAAAACCACAGAAAGGUCUUAAUUUCUUAAUAGAACACGGUUUCUUAAAGAAUGAUACUGAUAGUAUAAUAGCUUUCUUAUUAUCAACUCCAGGAUUAUAUAAAGGAUCAAUUGGUGAAUAUUUAGGUGAAAGUGAUCAAGAAGCAAUCAAAAUUAUGCACGCAUUUGUUGAUCGUAUGGACUUUACAGGUUUAAGAUUUGUAGAUGCUUUAAGAUCAUUUUUACAAACUUUUAGACUUCCAGGUGAAGCACAAAAAAUUGAUCGUAUCAUGGAAAAAUUCGCUGAUCGUUAUUGUGAAACUAAUCCUGAUAUUUUUGCAAAUGCUGAUACUGCUUAUAUUCUCGCUUAUUCUGCAAUUAUUUUGAAUACUGAUCAACAUUCUGCAAAAGUAAAACGUAGAAUGGAUAAAAAUGAAUUCGUAAAGAAUAAUCGUGGUAUAAAUAAUAAUAAUGAUCUUCCUGAUGAAUUUUUAGGUGAAAUUUUUGAUGAAAUUGCAAAUAACGAGAUAGUUAUGGAAGAAGAACAAUUCUCUGAAGUAGCAAAAACUGCAAUUAGUCAUGCUAAUGAUCGAGAACGUCAAGAAUUAUAUGAACGAGAAAUUUCUCAAAUGCAAAAAAAGAGUCAAGCACUUUUAAAAAGUAAUAGGCAAGGUCAAACUCCUGCUGCUUGGCGAAGCGCUUCACAUGCUGAUCAUGUUAAACCUAUGUUUGCUGUGGUUUGUUGGCCUUUAAUGGCUACUCUUAGUCUCGUGUUUGAGGAAGCAGAUAAUCCUUUAUCAAAUUCCACCAAAGGUAUUGAUUUUUCUCAAUCAAAUCAAGAAGCAAUCGAAUUAUGUCUUGAAGGAUUUCUUGGUGCUAUCCGGAUAAGUAGUAUAUUUCGUAUGGAUGUUGAACGUGAUGCCUUUGUUUCUUCUUUGGCUAAGCUGACUGGUUUAAAUCAUGUUGAUGAGAUGAGACCAAAAAAUGUAGCUGCGAUUAAGACAUUACUUUCUGCUGCUAAUUCAUACGGUGAAGGAUUACAAUCUUCAUGGCUUAUAGUAUUGAAAACUGUAUCUACCAUGGAACGAUAUCAAUUAAUUGACAGUGCUAUAGGAUCUGGUGUUUACAAUGCGGAAGGAGUUAGUGGAGUGGAUUACUCUACACAAAAUGGUCGCAAUGAAACUACUUCAAAUAUUUCAUUAAAUACUACAUCUCCAACUCGUCAAAAUACAAAUACAACACGUAGUAAUCCUUUGAUGAAAGAAUUUCAAUCUCAGAGUACUAUAAUUGCAAUAGAUAGGAUUUUCACUAAUAGUGUGAAAUUAAGUGGUGAUGCGAUAGUACACUUUUUCACUGCUCUCUGUGCCGUUUCUCUUGAAGAAGUUAAUUCCUCAAGAUCAUCACCAAGAAUGUUUAGUCUCCAACGAAUUGUUGAAAUUGCUUAUUAUAACAUGUCACGUAUUCGAUUCGAAUGGACCCAUAUUUGGAAAAUUCUCCAACCUCAUUUCAUUGACGUAGGAUGUCAUGCAAAUAAUAUAGUUGCCACAUUUGCCAUUGAUUCUCUUAGGCAAUUAAGUAUGAAAUUUUUAGAAAGGGAUGAAUUAUCACAUUAUAAUACUCAAAGUGAAUUUAUGAAACCAUUCGAACAAAUAAUUAAGAAUAACCCUUCUCCAAAUAUUCAUGAUCUCAUUAUACAAUCAAUUAUUCAAAUGAUUUCUGCUCGUGCUAGAAAUAUAAAAUCUGGUUGGAAAAGUAUUUUUGUGGUAUUUGGUCGUGCAGCUUCUGAUGAAAAUCCACAAUUAGUAGAAACAACAUUUGAUGCUGUUAGGUUGGUAUAUCAAAAACAUUUGGAUCUUAUAGGACCUGCAUUUGUGGAUUUCGUAAAUUGUUUAGUGGAGUUCGCUUUUAAUUGCAAGGAAAAAGAGUUUGUCAAUGAAUCUAUCAGAAUGUUACAAGGUUGUGUUAAAGUUUUAGUGAAGGACGUGGACAAUUUAUCAAAGAAUGUAACUAAGGGUGAACAACGAAAAGAAAAUAUUAUUGUUUUACCAUCAACAACAACACCUGAACAAGUUGCUGCUUCUAAAAAGAAAUUACAACACAUUGAAGAGGAGCAAUUCUUCUUGAAAUGGUUCCCCGUCGUAUCUGGUCUUUCACGUCUUGUAAUUGAUUCAGAAUCUCAAGAAAUUAGAAAUAAAGCAUUGGAAACACUCUUUGAGAUUUUGAAAUCUACAGGACAUUUAUUCGAAAUAAAUUAUUGGAUCAAAAUUUUCAGAAAUGCUAUAAUACCCAUAUUUGAAGAUCUUAAAGAACUUACAUUGUCACAGCAAUCAUCAUCAGUGAUUGAUAAGAGACCCGAAACAUCUUUAGAAAUAUGGAUUCAGACUAUUCGUUCUAUAGUAGACAUUUAUACAAUUUUCCAUGAUAUAUUUGUUACAAAACCAGAAUUUUUAGUAGAAUUACUAGAUUUAUUAGUCGCUCUAAUUAAGCGUAGAAAUGAAAGAUUGGGUCAAACUGGAAUUCGUUGUUUCCAUAACCUGAUAUCGAGAAAUGGAUCGAAAUUUGAUAACGUCACAUGGGGAAUCAUUACAACAACUUUGGAGGACGUUUUUAAAUGGACGACUCCAAAUGAACUUUUGGAAAUAGAAAUAACGACAUCCGAAGUUGGAGACAAUGAGAAGAAUGAUAUAAGAAGCGCAAAGAAUAUUCCUGUAGGUGGUGGAACUCUAUUAAUGAAUGUUCCUUCUAACAAUGGAAUGAGCGAUUCAAUGAGUAUACAUACACCUGAUAAUCCUCAAUCUUUCAUAUCCGAUAAAAGUAAUUCUAAAUUCGAUAUAGAUUUUCAAUAUACUGUUAUAAAGUGCGGAACUCAACUUAUUGUUAUCCAAACUGUUCAAGAUCUUGCACUUAAUGAUAAGGAACAAGUUCGUUUUCUUAUUCAAAUGUCAGCAGAAUUUCGAAACAGAUGGUUGAAAUGCUUAUAUAAUUCUUACAAAUUUGCUCGAGAUUUCAAUGCAAAUCAUGAUCUUCGUCGUUCCCUCUUAAAAGCAGGUUAUGUUCAACAGUUACCUAAUCUUACAAAACAAGAAACUUUAUCGUUAUCUGUAUUUCUUUCAAUCCUUUUUGAUCUUUAUCGGACAUUUGGUGAUAAUGAUCAAAAUUUAUUACCACCUUUGAUUGAAGAAUCAACUCUUGUACUUCAAAAACUCGUUAAAUUAAUGCACGAGCCAUUAUCAAAUCAACUACAACAGAGAGAAUUGAACAAUUGGUCACCUUUAGUAGUUACAAUUCUAAGAGAAUUGUGUAAAACUAAAUGGAGUCAUGAUAGGGUUGAUGUUAGAGUUGCUAUUCAAGAAUUUUUAGAAAAAGUCGGGGACGAAUUCUUGAAUGUUGAUUAG